AUGAAGGUUAUCCCUGUCCCCUGUCUCUCAGAUAACUACGCCUACGUCCUCGUCGACGAAACCGCCAAGAAGGUGUAUGCCGUCGAUCCAGUCGAGCCUGAGAAGGUUCUACCGGUGGUCGAGUCGACCAAGCUGGACUUUGCCGCCAUUCUGACCACGCACCACCACCCUGACCACUCGGCUGGCAACACCAAGAUCUUCAACACGGUGCCGAACCUCGAGGUCUAUGGUGGUGAGAGCCGCAUUCCGAACAUGACCCGUGAGCUCAAAGACGGUGACACAUUCACGCUGGGCAGUCUUAAGGUGCGCAGCCUAAAGACGCUUGGACACACGACCAGCAGCAUCUGCUACUACAUCGAAGGCAGCGACGACCGCAUCGUGUUCACUGGUGACACCCUGUUUGUUGGCGGCUGUGGCAGGCUGUUUGAGGGCUCUCCAGCGGAUAUGCACGAAUCGCUGAAUGUCAAGCUGGCCGCUUUGCCCAAGGAUACCAAGGUAUAUGCGGGACACGAGUACACCCGUAGCAACCUCAAGUUUGCGCUCUCGGUCGAUGGCGACAACGAGGCUCUCAAGGCCAAGGCGCUCAAGUGUGAGCAGCUUGAGUGCACGAUGCCCAGCACCAUUGCCGAGGAGCUGGCUACCAACCCGUUCAUGCGCACUGACCCCGUCAAGGUCCUUGGUGCUAUCCGCAGGCUCAAGGACCGGUUCUGA